AUGCCCCCACGCUCGCGUUGUGCUGCUCUUGGUCGAUGGCAGCUCUUCUCGAUCGCGCUGUCGUCGAUAUGGAGCACGCACUUUUUUGGGUGGCACGACCCUUCCUCGGUCGGCCACGAAGGCAGCCACAUCCUCGGUCUUGGUAUCGUCGUCGGCACGUAUUGGUGCAUGAACACGUGCUCGAAUGCCAUCUUCCAAGUCAUCCAGUUCUCCGGCGGCGCGUACGGACUUGCACGGGUGUCCCUCGGGUUCUACACUGGAUUCCUUGUCGCAACCACCGAAUGGCUCGAGUAUACAAUGCAGAUGACGCAUGCAAUGCUUCUCUUUUCCAACUUGGUCACUCAGAUCGUUGUGAUGACAUCGACCAUGUCGACGUUUACGUUGCAAUUGAUGUUGUGGCUUACUCUGACGUGUCUCGCUGUUGGUGUGCACACUGCCCCUCCCGCUGUUGGAAUCCGCAUUUUCCUUGUGGGAGGCCUUGCCGUGGUGCCUGUCAUGGGAGCUCUACUUCUCUUUGUGGUUACAACAUCAAGAUCCUCUGCGCUGAUGGCGGCCCCACUGACGCCCCCGAGGUUCAUCGACGUGGUUCGACUACUUCCACACAUGUGCUGGCAUUUCAUCGGAGUUGACAGCCUCCAUCUGUGCUGCGACGACGUCGAUGACUCCCAAUGUGUCGUUCCACAAAUCAAAUCGGGCACCCUCGCUGUCGUGUCAGUAUCCGCUAUCGCCGGCCUGGCCUUUGCCAUUGCAUACUCCCCGAUCCCCCCCAGCACUCCCCCAGGUAUGGACGCCAUGCUUACCAUCUUUCCAGCCGCCCUGCUCGUGUUAUCGUGGCUAUUGAGCGCCUCUCGCGUACUCCUUGGCAUGGCAGCUUCGCGCCUCGUCUUUCGGUGUCUCCGCAAUCGAAUGCUUCUCCAUCGCGCACCCGUGUUGGCGCUGCUCGUGUGUGGUGUGGCUUCAAUCACGUUUGCCACGUUCGCGUCGUUCGUGCCUUCGUUUCGCCCGUUAGACCUCGCCAUCGCGUGUGCUCUCUUUCGUCAAAUGGCUCAGUGCCUUGGAUUCCUCUAUCUCCACCGCAUGUUCAAGCACUUGUCCGACUCGCUCCGAAGCUUGUGGAACGUCGCGCGUGCAGUUGCGGCAUUCGUCGUGUGGCUCGGAUCGUUUGUGUCGCUGCUGUGCCUUGCCCCCAACGGCAAGACUACUGCGCUUGUCAUUGGUGUCCUUGUCAGCCUGGCGACCGUGUACUACUUCUUCCACGUCAAGGACGCACAGAAGUACUCGGACGCCGAGCGGAAGAGCCUCAUGUUUGCCCACGUGAUCUUAUUCAACUACAACAAGACCAAGCAAAUGCAGCGGCGGUGUCGGCGCGAAUCGUUGGCGGCGCGCCGACAGUCCAUGACGACGCCGUCAGUGCCGUCGAUGCCCCCGCCGUCGUCGGCCAAGUCGAUGCAAAAAUACACGUUCCCCCCGGAGCCUGCACGGCGCGUUGUGGUCCUUUCCAGGCGCAACACGACUGUCGAGUCCAACUUUAUCAUCCGUGACGGCAAAGUCAUUCCCAUCCCUGCCACAGCAACCUCGCCUGCAAAGACGGCGGCCAACAACGAGCGGCGCAAGUCAUCCGCGCACAGCAUUGAAUUGGCGACGCUGGAAUGA